AAAAAAAAACAAAAAAAAAAAACACCAAGUGGAUCUCGUUGCGGAAUCGGUGACAAGAAGGAGUAGAAAUGCAAGAGCAGCAGGUGAGCUCGCCCGUGAUUCAAGUGACGGGCUCGGAGGGCGCCGCGAACGGCGAGUGCCCGCGCCACGUCGCCAAGGCCAAGCGCAAGGCCCGAUCGACCCGUCGGCGGCUCAACGCCAUGAUCAACAACACCUCGCUCCACUUUUCCGACACCGACUCCGAGGGCGAGCUCGCCACCCCGAGGAACACCACCCCCAACCACCACCACGCCAACGACGCUAACCUGUUGCGCCCCGUCAUCUCGGUGACCCUCGACCCGAGCGACGACUCGUCUUGCGCCGCCGGCCGGCGCAACAGCUACCUGGAGAACCUCACCGAUGUCGACGAGAUCUACACGAGCGACGUCGAGAACAACGAGCCGACCGGCAGGGCCACCUCGCCCCGGGGCAGCCUCGCGGUCGAGGUGGACAACGCCCAGCAGGGCGAGACCGAUCUCGAGGAGAUGUCCAACGAGGAGGACGAGGAGUCGGUCCAGCCGCCGAUCCUCGUCAAGCGGCGCUCCGACAUCCUGUGCGACUUUAACGGCGAGAUGAUCACGACAAAGGAGGGCGACGGGCCAUUCUCCGUGGAGAUCCGCAACCAGAUGUCCGUGGAUGAGUCCUCGGGGCCAGCUUGCGAGACGCCGGACUUGCCGGGGCUGGCGGUGCCGGCGACGGACACCGAGGACAUGGAGGCGUCCGACGAGGACGGGGAGGAGGCCACCUGUGGGCUGCGCGCGGUCUACGAGGGCUUCGACUUGAUAGCGGCGUCGCAGAUCGUUAUGACCAACGUCGACAAGAUGGAGCCGCAGCUGUUGACCGUUCGGGGGGACGUUGAGGAUGCCAUCAGCGAAAGUCACACCGAUGUCGAGGACAUCGAGUAAACUGCAAAAGGCCGAGUGUGUUGGGGGAGACUUGCGUUUCCGUGGAUUGGUUUCUUUUUUAUUUUUUACUCGAGCUGCGAUUGCAGUCUGAUUAGCUGGGGAAUGGGGGUGCUACGUGUACUCGAGGGGUGGAAUUUUAAUUUUGUUUUUUUUUUUUCUUUGGUGAUUUCGUGUGGCUUUCGUGUGGCAUCCCUUUUUUUCUACAUGGAAUUGAGUCUAUCGUUGAGCAUCAGCUUUUAUACUCGACGAUGAAUAAUUUUUUUAAUCAGAUCGCGUAAUUGGAACGGUGUAUUAGAUGAGAUGGUUUUCUCUUGAACGCACGUUUCUAGUCACGUAAUCUCAAACAGAUUCAAUUUAGGGAAAAAUCUAAUGAUGCGAGAAGCCGAUUUUUCCAUCGGGUUAAAACAAGACGAAUAAUCAAUGUUAUCGCUGGUUGGCGGUGUUUUACCUGUUGGUUGCAGACGAAAUUGCCGUUCUUGAUAUUGUUGUAGACAAAGUAUUCAAAUAUGAAAAACGAUCAUAGAUACAUGUUGCUAUAAUUAAAUUGAGAUAAAAAUUCAGUAGCAUAUAUAUUUUUACUGUGGACUAUUUGGGAACGCAUUUAAGAAAAUCUGAUAGAUAUGUAUUUUCAUAAUAAAAAUUAAUCAUUUAAUAAAUUUUUGAUGAAUUUUACUGAAUUUUGACACUCAAUUUCAUGACAAAAAUUGUUGACGAAUAUGGUACAAUUUAUACAAAUUAAUAUAUUGAAUGUUGAACAAUUAUACAGAUUAUAAAUUACCGUUAUUGCCGUCAUCAUUGUUAUAAUAUGAUUCAAGAUGUUCUAUAUAAUCGUUGUAUAAAUAAAAAAUUAUAUAUAUAGUUAUUUUCACUAUAAAAUCAAGAUAUCGUAGAUACGUUACAUGGAAACAAAAUGCUUACCGAACAUUGCGUAAAUAUUGACUCUUUGCUUUUCGAAAAUUUUGACGCCCGUUUUACGAAAAAUUUGCGAGAAUGUGCAACAAAAGUGUUGUUUAUGUUGUUGAUGUACAAGUCCUUGAAUGAAAUAAAUGAGAUUACAUUGGAA